AAAAAAAAAAAAAUCUUCAUUUUAUUUUUUGAAAUAGUUAUGGCAACCAAGUGGGGUAUCUGCUCAGCUGGAAAAAUCAGCAAUGAUUUCCUAGUAGCUCUGGCAACUCUGCCGGCUGUGGAUCAUCAGGCAGUGGCUGUGGCAGCCAGGGAUAUUGACCGAGCUAAGGACUUUGCCAAAACUCACAGCAUUCCAAAAGUGCAUGGCUCGUAUGAAGAACUCGCCAAAGACCCAAACAUUGAUAUUAUCUAUGUUGGCGCUGUUAACACAGUCCACCUGGAUUUGGUGCUUAUGUUCAUGAAGAACCAGAAAAAUGUCUUGUGUGAAAAACCAUUGGCCAUGGACUGCACAGAGGUCAGGGAGCUAAUAUCCAGUGCCAGGACACACAAUGUAUUCUUAAUGGAGGCAGUCUGGAGUCGCUUCUUUCCUGUGUAUCAUCAAAUCCGUUCCUUGCUAACCCAGAAUGUUAUUGGAGAAGUCAAGGUUGUAAGAGCAGAGUUUGGCUUGAAUUUGUUACACGUUGAAAGGGUAGUGCAAAAAGAGCUUGGCGGAGGGGCGCUACUUGACAUUGGCUGCUACUGUAUCCAGUUUGCGUUAAUGGCAUUUAAUGGAGAAAAACCAGAGUCUAUCACAGCAAAGGGCUUCCUGCAUGAGACCGGAGUGGUCGAGACUGUGACAAUUAUCAUUCAGUUUGCAGGAAAGCGUCAGGCCAUUCUUACAUGUUCUAUAGCUGUAGAACUGCCAAACCAGGCUGUAAUUUCUGGCACCAAAGGAACUAUUCAGAUACCUUCUUUCUUUUGGUGCCCAACAUCUCUCAUUGUUAAUGGAAAGGAAACAAAUUACCCAGUUCCACCUACUACAAAGCAAUUGUAUUUCCUUAACAGCACAGGACUGAGCUAUCAAGCAGAACAUGUACGUCAGUGUCUUUUAAAAGGGUUGAAGGAAAGUCCAGUUAUGAGCUUAGCAGAGAGUGAGCUCUUGGCCAGCAUUAUGGAAGAAGUUCACAAGCAACUUGGUGUUACCUACCCUCAGAACCAACACUGAAAAAUCUGGAACAUGGAAUGGGUUAAAGAUUUAAGUGUAAGGAAAAAACAUUUGACUUAAAGGAACACUAUAGUGUAUGAAUACAAACACUGGAGCCAUGGCGCACAAUUAAGAAAUCAGUGGAUUUGUUAGCGAAGACAACGCUCUUUGUCAAAAUUUAUAUUUUGGAAU